CAUUCUCUCAUUCAAGUUUCGAUUGCUCCCCGAACUAUGUAAAUUGUUAGUGUCUAAUGUCAUUUUAUGUCCUGCUCUGGCUGGGGAGCUGCUACACCUGCUACACACAGACAUGUGCUCCAAGGAUCGGUAUCUGCAAUUGUUUUGUCCAGAUCUUCUGCCGGGCAAAGCGCCCAAUUGGUUUGCCUACAGCAUGAAUCCCAACUGGUUUCAUCAGGAGGAACUGCUGCGCUCCAUCUACAGCACACAGGACCUGCAAACGGAGUGCCAAAUUAUGGGUCUAAUGAUGUCCGUGUCCAGGUCAAGGGCGCAGUUUCCGCCGUCUGUGCUCAGACGAGUCGGUGGCAUGGACAACAAAACAAAGCCGGAACCAACCGAUGCCGAUGUGGUCUUUGGCCGCUGCGAGAAAUUGCCGCCAGAGCCCCACUGUGGCUGGGGCCGAUCACGCAUCGAGUGGCUGUGGCAGCUGGAGCGACAGCAAAAGCUGACUCAAGCCUGGCUAGAGCCGCUCGGCUCCAUCGACCUGGCCAAGAGUACUGACAUCCGUGGCCAAAGCAAAAGCAAAAACAAGACCAGAGGCAGACGGCAUCCAGCAGGCUGCUGGUGCUGGCUUCGUCACAGCUGCGGCCUGGGCCUCGACUCCGACACGGACAGCCUGGACGUGCCCCACUGCCGCCGCGAGACAAGUUCGUGAUUUGUGACACGUCUUCCACAGGGGGAGACAGGAGCAGGAGCAGGAACAGCUCGUCGACAACUUUUCGGGUCAGCCGUGCAAUUUGAUUUCGAUUUCGAGUGAAUGUGUUCUGAGACCGCAAUUAAAUUCGUCUUCUCCAGGCACAA